AUGGCGGCGGCGGCUCCUCCGGGGCCGCGCCCGGCUGUGCCCUGCGGCGGCGGCGGUGCCAGCGGCGGGUGGCGGGGCCGCGGGCGGGCGCUGCCGGCCGUGUCCCGAGGCACUGUGGGAUCAGCCAGGGGGGCAGCAGGUGACAGGGACACGGGGCUGAGCUCAGCGCCAGCGGCGUCACAUGCUCCCAACCUGCCCCAAAACCGCCCAAUUUGGGGAAAGAACAAGGCAGAAUUUGGGGCUGGCGGGGGUCCAAGGCAGAGCAAACCCAGGGCUGUGUGUCCCUGGGGAUGCCUGGCCCCCCCAGCUGCCCUCCUGUCCCCAGGUGGGCGCGUGCUCGAGGUGGGCUUUGGCAUGGCCAUCGCCGCCUCCAAGGUGCAGGAGUUCGACAUCCAGGAGCACUGGAUCAUCGAGUGCAACGAGGGCGUGUUCCGGCGCCUGGAGCAGUGGGCCAAGGCACAGCCACACAAGGUGGUGCCCCUGAAGGGGCUGUGGGAGGACGUGGUGCCGACGCUGCCGGACGGGCACUUCAGUGGGAUCCUGUACGACACGUACCCGCUGUCAGAGGACACGUGGCACACGCACCAGUUCAACUUCAUCAAGGGUCACGCCUUCCGCCUGCUGCGGCCCGGGGGGGUCCUCACCUACUGCAACCUGACCUCGUGGGGGGAGCUGCUGAAGAGCAGGUACAGCGACAUCGAGAGGAUGUUUGAGGAGACCCAGGUGGGGCCCCUGGUGCAGGCCGGGUUCAAGAGGGAGAACAUCAGCACGAGGGUGAUGGAGCUGCAGCCCCCCCGGGAGUGCCGGUACUACUCCCACCCCAGGAUGAUCACACCCACCGUCCUCAAACACUGAGGGGAGCGGGACACAAACCCCGGGGACCAGAGGGACCGAAAGCUCUGACCUCCUUCUGCUGAGAGAGAGGGAAGCUGAUCCAUCCAGAGAGGGCUGGAGGCUUGGGAUGGAAGUCCAGCAGACAAAAGGACUGGAAGCUCCUUGCCCCAGGAGCCCCCUGCCCCACAGGGGUCUUCUGGGCUCUGUCCAAGAAGAUCCCAGCCUGUUCUGUCCUCUCAGGGUUUCCACUGAAGAUUCAUCUCCAAAUCCCUCAAUUAAGCUGGAAUUCCAGGGCUUUGGCCAAAGGGGUUCCAGAACCAGCCAUUUCCUCUAAAAACUGGAUUGAGACACCACAGGGUGCCUUUCCCCAGACGAGCCAAAUAAUCCAAACCAGGCAGGAGAAACUGGGAAGACAGAGCAGUUUGAGGCAGUUUGAGGCAUUUCGGCUGCUCCCGGAGCAACUCCCCAGGGAAGUUUCCCAACACUUCUGGCCAAAGCCCACGGCAGCGAGCCCUGACCUUGACACCCCCCUCACAGCUCAGUACAUGUUCCCUCUCUCCCCAGAAGGGAUAAAGUCCAUUAAAAGGAAUGAAAUACCCAAACUGCUGUUCUGUUCCCGAGCUAUUUAUUUGUCUUUCCAAAGUGUGUUUGUCACUCUGCCACCACCAUUCCUUACCCCAGACUCCUGGGAUGCAGCCAGGACAGGCUGCUUUAUCCCUACUCUGCUAAGGAGCUCUGCAUUCGGUUUUAUUAGUCAGACUGUGAUUUUAAGCACUAAUGUUUUACUUAGUUACACAAACAGAAUGACUGCCUGGCCCCUGUGCACACAGAUACUAUGGAUCUAUUAGAUCCCGUGUGGGAAUUACCAACAUGAGCAGCUGGUGAGUAAGGAAAGAGCUCAGGGAUCACCUGGACAUGUGCUGGUCUCAAAACUUCCCAAUAAAACUAAAAAGCACA